CUAAAAAUUAUAUCAAAGAUGUUAACAGACGCUCGCUUCAAAUUCGCCCUUGAAUGCCUGAAGAAGUGUAUCAUGAUGGAGCCGAAAACAAAUUUUUUUUUUAGCCCGCAUCUCUUAUAUCAUAGUCUACUCUUGGCAUAUUUCGGUGCUCUCUAUGAUUUGGAAUUUACUCUUGGACAGAUUCUCUAUAUUCCUGAUAGCACAUCAAAACGCACUGUUGAAGAAUAUUAUAAGAAUGGAGGAGUCAAUGAUUUUUGUUACAUAAAAAAUGGAUCCGAGAACUCCUAUACGUGUCGAAUUUAUUAUAAAAUUAUAAUUGAUAGCUCAAAAGGGUUAUUUAUCGAUACACUGAAUUUACAUGCAGCUACCAAUGCUGUGAAGGAAUGCAAUUUCAAAAUCGCUCCCUACCUCGUGAGGGAUUUCAUCAAUAAUAUUGUUACAUGCACGACGCAAAACUGCAUAAAAAAUUUGUUACCACCGUUCAGUAUCGAUGAAGAUACUGAAAUAAUCAUGUUGAAUACGAUAUACUUUGAGGGUCAAUUUGACCAAGAUUAUAAUGUUGAAGUUCAUAAUGAUGACAAGGAUAUUGGAAUUCUAGCCAAACACAUUAACUACUCAUUCGAUCAACUAGACGUAAUUAUUACAGAGGUGCCUUGCAAAGAAAAUAUGAUAUCAACGUUUUACUUCUAUCCAUCAUACCAGUCGGAGUUGGAGAAUAAUUUGAUAGAGGUUCAAAAAGUGAUCAAAUUGAUAGAACAACUAACGACCGAAGAAGGAUCUCGGGAACUUCGUAAAUUGCUAGAUAAUGGGAUACAAGAAAUGAGCAUGGUGUUUCCAUUUGUAAUCAGCAAUACCACGAUCGAGUGUGACGUGCCAAUAUGUAAAUUAUUAGACAUGUUGGGCAUUCCAGAUUUUACACCCGAUUUAAGUACGGCCGAACUACAUGAUUAUUCUGAAAGCGUGAAACUUGGUGAUGUCAUGCAUCGCGUCAGUGUUAACCUGAAAGAUAAUAAUAUCAUGGCGUCCGCGAGUAACGUAAUGUUCACUUACAAUAUGUGUAAACACGAGCAAAAAAUGCCCGAGAUUGUGAAUGUUAAGUUCCCUUGUAUCUGCCUGGUUUACGAUAGAUCACAUCACAACAUCCUUUUCUGUGGCAUGUUAUGGGAAAGCUAACUGAAAGUAAAAUCGCAGAUAUUUCUGCAUUUUUAUGAAGAAGA